CGACACCCAGGAAGUGACAGCGGUAGAAGAGAGCAGUUUAUCGAGAGUCGCUUAGUGUAGUAAAGGAAGGCAGGAGUGAACUGUCGACGAGCACAUAUUCUGUAUUUUUAGACACGGUUAAUCUAUCAAGCUGUUGUUCUGUGGUUUUAAUCAUGUCGUUUUAUACAAACGAGAGACAAACACGGAGCACUUCGCCGUCUGUCGCGGCUGUUGUGCUGUUCUUCGCUAGCUUUGUUAGGCUGGGGGAAUGCCAAAUAACAACUCCACCACCAUCAACUCCCUGCUCCGCCUAUAAAAACUGCGACACUUGUGUUCCACACACCAAGUGUCUGUGGUGCUUCUCCACCAACAACUGCACAGACUACCCAGUGAGCUGGUUGCUGCCUCCAGCGUCACUGUGCCAGUUGUCCCAGGCCCGAUGGGGAGUGUGUUGGUUGAAUUUUGAAGCCUUGAUCAUUGCCCUGGCUGUGCUAGGUGGAACUAUCCUCAUCAGCAUUGUUGUCUGCUGCUGCUGCUGUUGCUGCAAGAAGCGUCAGCCAGGGCCUGACAGAGAUGAGGAGAGAUUUGCCAGGAGGAGAGAGGAGAUCAAACAACGCUCUGAAGAACGGAAGGUGGAGAGAAAGGCUAAGCACGAUGAAAUCCGCAGGAAGUAUGGUCUGAUCGGAGACGCCGACCACCCGUACAGCAAGUUUGAGAACGAGUGACGCAGCUGUGCUUGAGCUGACCAACGGUCUUGAGCUGCUCUUCCUUCAUUUUUAGCUUGGAAUGCUGCCCUUUUCUCACUUGAACCACAAACAAGACAAACACCACAGAGUGCCGUCUCUGAUCAUUCAACUGAACAAUCACCAUUUCACACUUUUCAAAUAACAAACCUGAUUGAAGAUUAUUUUUGCUUUGUCGUACCUGAUGAGCAGACUGUUUUGGUCUGUUUUGUGUUAGGUGGAUGCUGCAGCUUGUUUUUAAACUUUGUGCAAAUUCAUUUUGUGUUCUGAAAUUUCAUGAUGUGAGUUCUCUCUUUUUAAAUGUUGUAGUUUCAUAUCAGCUUUUGCACUUCGUAUACUGUAUUGAUUUAUGAAAUAAACAGUAAUGACUGUACAGCAUACGUGUUCUGACACAUGAAUAAAAAUCUGUUCUUUUAA